AUGAGUAUCCACAAAAAAAUACUCACAACAAGUAGGAUAAAAUCCCGCAAAAUAGGUACGGAUACGGGCACUAGCGGAGCCAGCGUCAGGCCAGCUAGGGCAGCUGCUCAGGCCCGGCUGCCUCGAAUCACUUUCAUAGUCGACGAUGACGACGACGAUUCUGGGAAUUUGUUGGCCACAGAGGAUAACGAAAUUCAAGAACCAGACUCGUUGGUUGAGGAUGGGGUUUUCAUAGAGGUGACCAAGCUUGAGAAGAAUUCACGCAGAAUCGAGUCUAGGAUUUCAAUCGACGCUACACUUGACUCCGUUUGGGAUAUUUUGACUGAUUAUGAGAGGCUGCCGAAUUUUAUUCCUGGCCUUUAUCUUAGUAAAUUGAUACAAAAAGCUCCCUCUUUUGCUCGACUUUUGCAGAUUGGAGAGCAGAACUUGGCAUUUGGGCUAAAAUUUGAUGCCAAAGGUGUUAUAGAUUGUUACGAGAAAGAAUUGGAGACUCUUCCAUCCGGUAUCAAGCGUGACAUAGACUUCAAGAUGAUUGAAGGGGAUUUUCAACUCUUUGAAGGAAAAUGGUCUAUUUCACAGUUGUUCAGCAGUGGAAGUGACGAGUCUCCAGUACGAGAGAUUAGCACAACACUUUCGUACAUUGUUGAUGUUAAGCCGAAGAUGUGGGGCGAAGCUCAGAAAGCUAUUGACAGAACCAUGGAUGUAAAUCAAUUCGGAUGA